ACAUCCUUUCAACCCAGUCCACCGUCGUCGCCAAAUCCCAAGCUCUCUCGCGCAUCGCUGGUCUCCCCUGCCUCCCCCCAUCGACCUGCUCCUGCUUUUAAUGGGCUUUCCCUCCCUUCGCCAUGGCCGGCGACCCCCGCACCCGCGCCGCCGGUGACCCCUCCACCACCUCCGCCGCAGUCCUCGCGCCCGGGGCCGCCCUCCGCCUCGGCCCCUCCGGGCUCUUCCUCCACCUGCUCCUCCUCCACUCGCUCUUAUAACCCCGCGCCCUCUCGGCCAUGGCCGCCAUAUUCUUCCACCACGUCGUCGGCGACCUCACCGUCGGGAAGCCCCAGAUCGUCGAGCUCAGCGACGCCGACACGCUCCACGACGCCGCGCGCGCCAUCGCCGCCAGCCCCGAGGGCGCCGUCCCCGUCUGGCGCGCGCGGGCCGCGCCCGAGGAGCCGCCCUCCGGAGCCAGGUUCGUCGGGAUGAUCUCCGCGGUCGACAUCGCCGCCUUCGUCGCCACCGCCGGCGACCAGGCCAUGCAAGCCACGGUCGGCGAGGUCGUGCAGCCCAACCCGGAGCUGCUCAGGGAGGUCGAUCCCGGCACCAGGUUGAUCGAUGCUCUGGAGCUGAUGAGGAAUGGAGUGAAGCGCUUCCUUGUUCGCAAGAAUGGUUCCUGGAGAGGCCUAACCAAGCGGUUUUCAAUGCUUUAUAAUGGGAAAUGGCUAAAGAACUCGGAAUCAGGAUCCCCAAGCGCAGCUAGCAGCAGCAAUAUGCAGCUGUCCCCGUUUAUCAGUUCCGCGAACAGGUUUUGCUGUCUGUCAAGGGAAGAUAUUCUUCGGUUCCUAAUCGGAUGCCUCGGUGCUCUUGCUCCCAUCCCACUAUCUCCAAUCUGUUCCCUUGGAGCCAUCAACCCACACUACUGUCACGUCGAAGCAUCCGCACCGGCCAUGGAAGCAAUCCAGAAGAUCCCUCGAGACCCAUGCGGUGUUGCUGUAGUCGAGACGACGCCAGAUGGAGUCCGCAAGAUCAUAGGAGACAUCUCUGCCUACAAGCUGUGGAAGUGCGACUAUGUCGCAGCUGCGUGGGCACUGGCGAACCUGUCGGCAGGGCAGUUUGUCAUCGGCGCCGACGAAAACGGAUCGACACCUAUCUCUGCCUUCCUGGAGCCUUCCAUCAGCUCGUUGGUGGUGGAUGAGACCGAGUCUGUGCGCUCUCCCAAGCUGCUGAAGAAGUUCAGCAGCAGGAGCAUCGGGUUCCUGAAUAGCCACGCGAACCAGAUGAGGAGCAUGUACCGGGGGCGCAGCGCGCCGCUGACAUGCAGGAGCACGAGCUCGCUUGCAGCGGUCAUGGCACAGAUGCUGUCCCACCGGGCGACACACGUUUGGGUGACUGACGCGGAGGCCGAGGAGGAUGGCGUCCUCGUUGGCGUGGUGGGGUACACCGACAUCUUCGGCGCUGUCACCAGGAGUGAUUGACCAUCGACCGCGCUGAUUCCACAGCGACUCGUCUGGUGGGUGAUGUGUAGCGGGCGUAUUAUAACCGUGAAUAUUUGGGUAGUUUGGUGGUUUUCAGAGUUGAGAAGUUUGGGUAUGCGUGAGGCUGAACUGAACUGUGUGUAUUGUUGGAUGUGCAUUCGUUGUUGAUGGUUCUAUAAUAAGGCAGACUCAGGCCUGUGCCUGGGAGUCCAUUGGUCAAA